AUGCCGACCCCGCGCCUCGUCGCCCUGGGGCUGCUCCUGGUGCUGGAAUCUGCCUCCUGUCAGGAAGCCCGGGGUGGCCUCCAGCCGUGGUUGCAAGGCAUCAUCGCAGUGGUUGUGUUCCUAGUCCUGGUGGCCAUUGCUUUCAUGGUCAAUAAGCUCUGGUGCAAGGAGAAAGAGGAGAAUGUUGAGGCGGUGGUGAGCAUCGGAGAGAAGCAUGAAACUGUCCUCUCCAAUGGCCGCGAAGGGAGAUACGUAACCGCAGCAGACUUCAGAUCCAACGAAAGCGAGUAUACCUACGAGAACAUCGUGGAGCCUGAGGAGAAGGUGGUCACCACUGCAAUGUAG